AGGAGAAAGGCGCAGGGGUGGGAGCUGUCGCCGGAGCUGCCACAGCAAAAGUUCUCUCCCCUCCCCCUCGCCCUCCUUGCCGGGCCCGUGGGAAGGUCGGAGCCGCCGCCGCCUGCAGUCGGUGACCGCGCGCCUCGGCGCCAGCCCGCGAAUAGAAGAAUCAGUGGCUUGAAAAUUCAGCCAAGUGACCUGGCGGGAUGGGCAUUUGCCUGACACAUUUUAUAGAGGAAUUGGAUGGCACAAGUGACUGAGAGAAUCUUGAGAGUUUCUGGAGCCUAUGAAAGGUAGAAACUCAACCAUGAUUUCUUUCUCUACUCAACAGCAUUCCCUUCCUUGAAGUCUUCAGUUUUACUUCAGUCUCAGGCAGUUAUACUUAAGCAUGAACAUUGACGACAAACUGGAAGGAUUGUUUCUUAAAUGUGGCGGCAUAGACGAAAUGCAGUCUUCCAGGGCAAUGGUUGUAAUGGGUGGAGUGUCUGGCCAGUCUGCUGUGUCUGGAGAACUGCAAGAGUCAGUACUUCAAGAUCGAAGUUUGCCUCACCAGGAGAUCCUUGCUGCAGAUGAAGUGUUACAAGACAGUGAAAUGAGACAACAGGAUAUGAUAUCGCAUGAUGAACUCAUGGUUCACGAGGAGACGGUGAAAAAUGAUGAAGAACAGAUGGAGACACACGAACGCCUUCCUCAAGGACUUCAGUAUGCACUUAAUGUCCCUAUAAGUGUAAAGCAGGAAAUUACUUUUACUGAUGUAUCUGAGCAACUGAUGAGAGACAAAAAACAAGUCAGAGAGCCAGUAGACUUACAGAAAAAGAAGAAGCGGAAACAACGCUCUCCUGCAAAAAUCCUUACAAUAAAUGAGGAUGGAUCACUUGGUCUGAAAACCCCUAAAUCUCACGUUUGUGAGCACUGCAAUGCUGCCUUCAGAACGAACUAUCACUUACAGAGGCACGUCUUCAUUCACACAGGCGAAAAACCGUUUCAAUGUAGUCAAUGUGACAUGCGUUUCAUACAGAAGUACCUGCUUCAGAGACACGAGAAGAUCCAUACUGGUGAAAAACCAUUUCGCUGUGAUGAAUGUGGUAUGAGAUUCAUACAGAAAUAUCACAUGGAAAGGCACAAGAGAACUCACAGUGGAGAGAAGCCUUACCAGUGUGAAUACUGCUUACAGUAUUUUUCCAGAACAGAUCGUGUAUUGAAACAUAAACGUAUGUGCCAUGAAAAUCAUGACAAAAAACUCAACAGAUGUGCCAUCAAAGGUGGCCUUCUGACAUCCGAGGAAGAUUCUGGCUUUUCUACAUCACCAAAAGAUAAUUCACUGCCAAAAAAGAAAAGACAAAAAACUGAGAAGAAAUCUUCUGGAAUAGACAAAGAGAGUACAUUGGACAAAUCUGACAUGAAGAAAGACAAAAACGAUUACCUGCCGCUCUACUCUUCGAGCACUAAAGUAAAAGAUGAGUACAUGGUUGCAGAAUAUGCUGUUGAGAUGCCGCACUCUUCCGUCGGAGGGUCCCAUUUGGAAGAUGCAUCUGGAGAAAUACACCCACCCAAGCUGGUUCUCAAAAAAAUCAAUAGUAAGAGAAGUCUGAAACAGCCCCUGGAACAAAAUCAAACCAUUUCACCCCUGUCCACUUACGAAGACAGCAAAGUUUCAAAGUAUGCGUUUGAGCUUGUGGAUAAGCAGGCUUUACUGGACUCGGAAGGCAGUGCUGACAUCGAUCAAGUGGAUAACUUGCAGGAGGGGCCCAGCAAACCUGUGCACAGCAGUACUAAUUAUGACGAUGCCAUGCAGUUUCUGAAGAAGAAACGGUAUCUUCAAGCUGCAAGUAACAACAGCAGGGAGUACGCGCUGAAUGUAGGUACCAUAGCUUCUCAGCCUUCGGUCACACAAGCAGCUGUGGCCAGCGUCAUUGAUGAGAGCACCACAGCAUCCAUAUUGGAUUCCCAGGCUCUGAAUGUGGAGAUUAAGAGCAAUCAUGACAAAAGCGUUAUUCCAGAUGAGGUCCUGCAGACUCUGCUAGAUCAUUACUCCCACAAGGCUAAUGGACAGCACGAGAUUUCCUUCAGUGUUGCUGAUACUGAAGUGACUUCUAGCAUAUCGAUCAAUUCUUCUGACGUACCUGAGGUCACCCCAUCAGAGAAUGUUGGAUCAAGCUCCCAAGCAUCCUCGGCAGAUAAAGCUAACAUGUUGCAGGAGUACUCCAAGUUCCUGCAGCAGGCUUUGGACAGAACUAGCCAAAAUGAUGCCUAUUUGAAUAGCCCGAGCCUUAACUUUGUGACCGAUAACCAGACCCUUCCAAAUCCGCCAGCAUUCUCUUCCAUAGACAAACAAGUCUAUGCAGCCAUGCCCAUCAAUAGCUUUCGAUCAGGAAUGAAUUCUCCACUAAGAACAACUCCAGAUAAGUCCCACUUUGGACUAAUAGUUGGUGACUCACAGCACCCGUUUCCCUUUUCAGGUGAUGAGACAAACCACGCCUCUGCCACAUCAACCGCAGACUUUUUGGAUCAAGUGACUUCUCAGAAGAAAGCUGAGGCACAGCCUGUUCACCAGGCUUACCAAAUGAGCUCCUUUGAACAGCCCUUCCGUGCUCCGUAUCAUGGAUCCCGAGCUGGGAUAGCAACUCAAUUUAGCACUGCCAAUGGACAGGUGAACCUUCGGGGACCAGGGACAAGUGCUGAAUUUUCAGAAUUUCCCUUGGUGAAUGUAAAUGAUAAUAGAGCUGGGAUGACAUCUUCACCAGAUGCCACAACUGGCCAGACUUUUGGCUAAAAAAAAAAUGUGUAAAUAAUACAGGCACUUUAGAACAGAUUAAUCGAGAGUGGGGUUACUCUGUGUAAAAUGGAGUGCUAUACAGAUUUAAGAGCAAUGCGUUCAUAGCAAGCUGAUAAGAAUAGCAAGAUAAUCCAAUACCUGCAUUUCGUUUGGUUAGUCCGCAUUCCUUGAACUGCCUUACGUGUUGUCACCGUUAUAGAGCAAUGCAUUACUUGUUUUAGAUCAGAACCUUGCUAUUGACCCACACCAAGAUAAAAAAGGAAAAGACUUUCGCACAAUUGUUUCCUAACUGAUAACAUUGUACAUUCUUAGGAGAGUAGUAAUUGUGUGAAAUUUCCUCAUACUGUUUCUACGUUUUCAGCAUAGUAUUGCACUUCAGCAGGGAAUCCGAGGACACUUCACAGACAGUGAACUUAAAGUUUCCAUGUCAAGAGAUUAUGGCUUAAAUAAGUAGUUUGUCCUAUAGGGGGGAAUAAAAAGAAACCACCUUAAAAAUGAUAUGCCAUAUACCCUUGAUUUUCAUUUUGCAUUAUAUUGACAUGUGUUUUUUUUUUUUUUUGAAGAAAAAAGUAAUAAAAAUCUGAUAGUCUAAGACUCCGCUAUUUAAAAGCCUAAUUACUUUUAAAGUAUGCAUACUUUCAAAACUUUUACCAAAACACACAACUGUAGAAGCAUUCACUUCUCUAUGGAAGUAUGCAUAUUGGUGUCAGUUUCUUUGUACAGGUAUACUUAGAUAUUUUUUAUGAUUUUUCAUGUGCAAGUAUCAAGGUUUGAAGUUUUAGUAAAAAAAUACUCUGUAGAUUACAUUCCCAAAAAUAAAAAAAUGCUUACACGCAAUGUAUAUUCCACAUUUUAAAGCUGAGAUGUAUUUCACUUUACACACUUCAGUUGACGUAGAGCACUUAGAAUUAAUCGGGUAUUUUUGAUUUCUCAAAGUUAAAAAAUAGAUUUUUUUUAGGUUUGAUAUGGUUGUGUCAUAAUCAUCUCGUAAUUGACAAUUUUGCUUUUUGGCAAUAAAAGGAAGUUGGGAUUUCUUUGGACUGUAAAACCUGGUCUAAUUCUCUUUCUGGACUCUUGAUAGAUUGGAUAAUUAAACAGUAUCCCCCCCCCAAAAAAAAAAAAAAAAAAAAACUAAAGAAAUGGGCAUUUUAAUUGCUUACUUAAGUUACUUUUAAGUGAAUACUGCUCAUGACAGUUUUACAAAGAGGAAGUGCUUAGUGGUUCCAGUAAUUGCAAUUUCUUUUUCAGCUAGAUGAGUGAUCGGAAAUUUUUUGUUGCAUUUCAAAAUCUAAAUAAACUACAGACUUUAUCCUUAUACGAAGAAUGUUUUUUUUUAAUAUAUGUAUACUUUGUCUUAAAAUAAUACAGCAUGGUACAAUAAAUAGUGUUUUUAUAUAUACACACACACACAUAUACACUUUUAUGAAGAAUGAUGGUUUGAGUUACACGUUGGACAGUUUUAAUUUUUGGAGACUUAACAUUAGUUACACUGACCGCUGUCUUCUUUUAUUCGUUCCUCCUUUUUGGGUCUUGUACUUCAGAUUUCUGCCAUCUUUAUCACAGUGCCAGUGGUAACCUGAAACCAGUGUCCUUGGGAGAUGAAGCUUCGUUACCUUCCAUUUUGACCCUGUAGACCUGCGUGCUCUGUUUCAGUGUUGAAUAUGUUAUACAUUUAAAUUAUUUUUCUUUUAUUUAAUGUUAUCCCAAGACUGUUCUCAUAAAGGAAGGGAACAAAGGAAUUACCCCCAUCCUUCACUUACACUCAUUUAUUUUUUUAAUGUUAGUGAUUUUAUGACAAGGGAUAUAAGUUAAUGUUAAUGUGGUUUCCUCUAAACUUUGUUAUGAAACUUUGCUUGAAAUCAUACUUUUCCCACUUGACAGCUUUGCUGUUGGAUCUUUGAGAACUUUAAGACUUCUUUGAAGUAAAUAUUUUAAGUUCUGCAUUAUUGGUCUGAAGACCAAUGUGGCACAUCACCUCAGUGCAGGAAUGCUUCAUCAGAUGAGGUGUUAGGGGACCGCGCUCAACCUUGAUGAGUGUUUGUGUUUUUCUCAUAGUACUUUUGGUAAGAGUAGACAUUGAUUUCCUAAGUUGAGCCUGAUUUUUUUAAAAGAUGUAGUUCUGCUGAGAACUUGAUGUGCUUCUUGUACAUGUAAGGGGGUUUUGUUUGUGACAUCACCAGCACAGGUUUGAGAAUGACAGUUGCUGAGCAGUUCAGGUAUGCUUAGGAAGAAAAACCUAGGAAUAAGCAAGUUCUGUAAACAGAAUUUUAGGCGUUGCAUUCCUGUCAUAAACAUAUUUCUUUAAAUCUACACGAUGGCAGACUUUCCUACCAGGUCAUAACAUUUAAGGUAACCGCUAGCCAGCAUAAUUUACUGACUUACAUUUAGGUGUAGUCAUCACUCUUACUGUGAAGUCCUGAAUGCCUGCCAGGCUCCGCCUGUUUCAUCAUCAUGCGAGAAGCAUCUCAAAAGUUUGGGUUUCUCCACUUUGGUUCAGAAAGCUCUGGGCAUUAGAGGGAGGAAGUGGCCCUGUGUGCUGCUUUAGAUGGAUCCCUGUCAGUUCACACUUCUCAUCUCUCUCAGUGAGCAAAGUCUUGUAGAGGAGCAGCUUCUAGUGCCCUACGCUUCUGUUCUGCAUGGGCGUGUUCUGCUUUCUCUCACAGGUCCUUCCUGCUUCUGUCUGGGCUGGGGAAUCUUCCACUAGACAAGGCAGGAGCUCUCCAGCAUCUGAAACAUUGUUGCUUUUUGAGCUUCAGUUGUACUGGACAUUAUUUCAUUGGGUUUAGAAUAGCUGAGUGGCUCCUACAUUUCUUUUCUCUCUCUCUCUACAGUGCGCAUGUGCUACCUAGUCAGGUAGGAAUCCACCAUCUUAGCUCUGACUCAGGGUACCAGCAAUGGGUCGUUUUAUCUCCUAUGAGGUAGAAGAGGCCUUGUGCUCAGGGCAAGCUUUCAUUCCCACAGAUGAGAGACACUUGCAAAGUGCUAGUGAGGUUAGAUCUUUUGCCACUUCUUUGAUUUUAUUGAUUUGGGUUUUUAAAGGGCUGUUUAAAAACAAACAAAA